UGUAGUUUGUGCUCAUAAGGUUAUGUCAGUCAUCAAAUCAUGUUUAUUUUCAUGAGAUAAAUUGUCGUAGGUUUGUUGAAAAACCCUGAUUCAUUAUUGAGUGUUGAUUGUUGAAAAUUUGACAGUCAACAUGCCGGUCUACGAAAUGCCGCUUCUGCUGAAAACAAUGUCAAAGCCGCAAAUGAUAGAAGUUUUGAAAAGAACAGCAGAAGGAAUUUUUCAAACAGGAGGAUUUAUUAAGAAAAUUGAUAAUUUGGGUAAGCAGCCAACACCAUGGAAGAUGAUGGACAAUCAAAUAGCUCACAGGGAAGCACACUACUUUAUUUUUCAUUUUUUUGCACCACCAGCAAAACUAGAAUCACUACGUAAAGAAUACAAUAGAGAUGUUGAUAUACUUAAAGUGACGAUAUUAACUAGUGAAGAUGUGAAAAGUGUCAAGAAAUGUACCCUUCAUGAGGAAUUAUUGCCACCAAUGUAUAGACCUGAUGUACAAAAAAUGCUAGAAAUUGGAGCAAAACAAAAGGCAAAGACAGAAAAACACAAGUUCAAGUUCAACACAGGAUUGGAUUACUAUCCUUUCCAAAGAUAA